AUGAAUUGCGUGUCACUGGAGUUGCUCAGUGGAAUUGUUUACUCAUCAAAUGCAACAACUGUCUGGAACGAUCUAAAGGAACGAUUUGACAAAAUUGAUUGUUCAAGGAUCUUCGAGAUUCACAAGGAAAUUACAACUAUCAAUCAAGAGUUUGAUAGCUUAGCACCAACACCGGGUUGUGACUGUGCAAAAUCGAAUGAAUCAAUUGCAUUUAUAGAGCGAUUGAAGCUAGUACAGUUCCUCAUAGGAUUGAACGAUUCAUAUGAACAAGCUCGUAGUAAGAUAUUGAAGAUGAUACCAGUUCCUUCUAUGAACAAGGCUUACUCAAUGCAAAUUGAGCGUGAGAGUAAAAGAGCUAUGACAAAUCAUCCAGAUUUAACUGGGGGAUGUGAUCCAACUGCCUUAAUGACAACUAGAGGUGACUUCAAGCCUAAGAAGAAAGGACGAUUCAACUCUGCUAAUUCUGCCUCAGAAGAAGAUGCUAAACCAUAA